AUGUCCCUGUCUGAUAUUCCCUGGAAUCAUCUCCAUCUCCCGACCAGACAGGACCCGGCCACGGGACUUUACCCGCAAAAUUUAUACCCGCCCGCUUUUCUCGCCCACGGAUUCUCUCAACUAUCCAACGCCUUUUACCACAACCAUCUGAAUUCUUUCAAUAUGAAUCCACUCUCCACCGAUGAAAUGGAACGGUUCCAAAAACUGUCAAACGAGUUUGAACCGGAUAUCCAGGGCCCUCUGGUGUCGACUAAGCAAUCGAGCAGCGCGAUUGCAGUGGAGUAUGCAAAUGCCGAUCCCACUUUCGCAGCCAAGACUAGCGCACUGGCGGCGACGCAUCCUUUUUCUCGUAUCAUGAAGGGCGACGGGAACUGUGGAUGGAGAGCCGUUGCGUUUGGAUAUUUCGAGAAUCUCUUCAACCUUCGGAAUACGCUCCAGGUUCAGCGCGAACUACUUCGGAUCAAAUCGUUGAACGUCCUUCUCGACCAAGUUGGUCAACAGGAGCAUCUAUAUGAGAUCUUCGUAGAUGAGACGGAGCAAGUCUUUUCGCAAAUCACCGAAGCCAUCGAGAAUGGGAUCCGUGACGACUCCUUCCUGGUGGACGCCUUCAACUCGGAAUACAACUCGAAUGCCAUCAUUACUCAUUUCAGACUCCUAACAAGUGCUUGGAUGAAGCUUAACCCUCAUCGCUACCAAGCAUUUCUUUCUCUGCCCAUUGACCAGUAUUGUGCAACGCGAAUUGAGACCGUCAGGACCGAGAUUGACGAGGUUGGCCUUCAAGCCUUGAUCGAUGGGGUGGUCGAGGGGUCCGAUUUCGCCGUGGAGAUCCUGUACCUGGACCGCAGCGAAGGCGAUGUGGUCACGCCCCAUCUCUUGACCCCGAAUCGACCUACUGCUGGAACCAUCCGGCUGCUCUACCGCCCGGGCCACUAUGACCUUCUCUAUCAGGCUGAGCCCACGGUGAACCUAGAGCCGGUGGUCAACUAUCAAUACGCGAUGACCUCGAACUACUCGCCUUGGGACCAAAGCGCUCUCUCAUUCGAUGUGAACUCGAGUCUGAUGUCGAUUCCAAACCUGAUGAUGGAUCCCUCGUUCGCGCUGGCCUCAUCGCCGAUUCCCGCCGCCCCUCCCAGCCCAUACCGAGUCUCCUCCGCCCCGGAGAUCUAUCCACCCCCGAUGCCGACUCCAUCGCCCGCUCCCGUGGCCUCCCCGCCGCCUCCGCCCAUGUCGGCACCGCCGCCGCCGCCGCCGAUGACGUCUUUGCCGAGUCGCUCGUCGGACGGACCGCAAAUCCGCCUGAAUCCCCUGGUGAUGAAGCCCAAUCUGAGCCACUCGCUUCCAGUCACCACGCCGUUCAAGAACUCCCCAUACAACCAGGCCCACUUCCAAAACCAGGAUUUCGAACCGAUCCACUAUGAACCGAACGAGUCGCGCAGAUAA